GGCCAGGAACCGGGGUCAGGAACCACGGCUCCAAGGGGUAGCCACUGUCACCUGCACAAAGAUGGAAAUAGUACAUUGAGUACUCCGCUGACGAGAGGCAAGUUGUCAACUGAGGAAAGCUACAGCAUCAUUCAACAAAGGUAUACUUCAGGGUUGCAAGUCCCAAGUAAAAGCAUGAGUUGAACAUGUCCAUACCCGACACAAACUCUUAACCAAUUUACAAGUGCACUACUCGGUGCCUGCCACUAACAAGAAAUCAACACUUGUUGGUGCAAUCAAUGACAGUAGUAGCAGUAAUGUGUGUUCAUUUCUUCUGCUUCUGGCAGUCACUGGGUGCAGUAAGCACUAAUACGUGUUGCUUUCGUCAGCUCCUCGCAAAAACUGUAAUCGUCAUCGUGACGUUGACGCACUCAUUAUGCGGAGCAAAAGGCACGAAUUUUUGGCACGGCCAGAGGCAGGGUCGUUUCCGAAGGCAUCUCUGAUCGCUAUGGCCGUGGCUCUUCGCCGUCGCCGACGUGAACAGGGAGAGCCAGACGACGCGUCUGACAUGCCGGAUGACCAUUUUCGGCUGCGUUUUCGCCUCUCGAAGGCAAUGGUGCGGUUGUUGUGCGAGGAACUGGCGGGGGAACUAGAAGCUGAGCGAGCGACGGGACUGUCGGCGGAGCGGAAAGUGUUGUGUGCGCUGCGCUUCUUUGCUACCGGGAGCUUGCAAGCGUUCUUUGGGAGCGAGGAGACGAUCCGUGUGUCGCAGUCGACUGUGAGCGAGUGCGUGCGACGUGUGGCAGAGGCUGUCGUGAACGCAGGGGCCCGCAACAAGUGGGUCCAUUUUCCAAAGACAGCCGAGGAAAAGGCAGCCGUGAAGGAGGGUUUCCUUCGGCGCGGCGUUAUCCCCGGCGUCAUCGGAUGCGUAGACGGCAGCCUCAAAGCCAUUAUCGCACCCAAGGGUGAGCGCAAGGCUGUGUUCAUAUGCCGCAAGGGAUACUACGCCCUCAACUGCAUGUUCAUCUGCGACGCGAACAUGAAAAUCUUGGCCUUGGACCCUCUGCGACCGGGGUCGGACCACGACAUUGUUGCGCCGGCGGUUCCAAGUGGGGCGCAUCGUGAAUGCCGGGGAAUACCUCCUCGGUGACAGUGGCUACCCCUUGGAGCCGUGGUUCCUGACCUCGGUUCCUGGCCAUCCUCCAGUGAACACAGCCGAGGGGCAGUACAACACAGCACAUGCCGCCAUGCGUUCCGUAGUGGAGAGGUGCAUUGGGCUCUUAAAGAGCCGUUUCCGCUGUCUUCAGCGAUAUCGCACCCUCCUCUACGAGCCGGAACGUGCAGCCAGAAUUGUCGCGGCAUGUGCUGUGUCGCACAACCUUCGCCUUUUUCAAGGCGACGAAUCAGGCGAUGACAGCGAUGACGACAGCAGCAGCGGCAGUAGUAGUGAGCUUGACAAUAACGGCGACCCCAUGCCACACAGUCUGCCCCGAAACACGGGCUCUAGAAUGCACUACUUGAGAGGGCGGGCUGUUCGCGAGAAUGUCAUUGGCAUGUUUGGCACAACCCGUACGCAGCACAUGCGUUAUCUGAGGAGUGUGCGACGGCAGCUGCAACGUCAACAGCAGCGUCAGCAUCGCUAGGUGCAUGCACACAGUUUUAAGUAAUUGCAUUGUGCAUUUCAUGCUGUGAAAUUGCAGAUACAUUUCCCGUGCUAAGUUGUAGUUGAUGUCUGCGUAAUGCAAAGCAUUCAUGAUUUGUUGAGAAAUGUAAAAGUUGUUGAAAAAAUUAAAUUACGAGGUUUUACGUGCCAAAACCACUUUCUGAUUAU